AUGGAUCCCGAGGUUGCAGACCGCCUUAGGAGGCUUCAGAUGGAGGACCUUGGCAGUGCCAGACGAGAAUACAUCUCCACCGCGGAUGGUAGAAAUGAUAUGAGAGUCCGGAUGGAAGACAUUGAGGCAUCCCGCGAGGUCAACAUCCCCGGAUCAGAUGCUCAUCGUAGGGCAAGGGUCAACCAGACACAGCUCGCGGAUUGGGCGAACGUUGGCAACACACUAGAUGAUACCGAAGACCUAGAGCAAUUGGAUAGUCUCCUGAAUGGUCAGAGUCACCGUCUCAAUCUACGCGCUGCCAUACGUGAAAACCGAGGGCAAUUCAACCCACAGCUUCCAAGAGCGGUCGUCAGACUUCCUGGAGCCGCUUUGCCUCGCUCGUCCUCGCUGUCGUUGGGUCGUGGCGGUGGCGUGGCGGGCACGCGAGGACGGGAUACUAGACACAGCUCGUUAAAAGAAGGUAUUUCGAAACCAGGACACCGUGGUGCUCCUGCUCCUGCUCCUCCUCGUCGAGAUCCAGCAGCGGAUAGAUCGAAUUACUACACAAGCCAUCGCGAUGGCAAUGCCUCGAAAAGGGAAGAGAGCGUCAGAAUACAAAGAGGUCAGAUGCAUACAAGAAAGCCAACUUCCAGACCUCAAAGGCCCACGAGAACUUUCACACCUGAGCUUUGUACCCCUGAAGUGUUUAUGGCUUUUUUGCGCGGAAAAAAUGACAAGAAGACCAUGGAGGCCACCCCUGUCGGUGACCAAACCAUUUCUGACGAUGACAGAUCCUUGAUCAAGCAAAAGCCAUCAGUGGCAGUAGGUGCUGGAGAGCGUCAGACAUCUUCUAACGAGGAAGUCGUUCCUCAAGCUCAAGCACCUAAGAAGGAUAAGAACUUGACAUUGACGAUGCAAGCCCCAUCUCAAACCGACAAAUCUAUUUCUGAGUUGACUCCUACACAAGUCCAGAAGAAGGAGCUGCCCAAGUCCAGCCUGCCUAUGGCAAUUGCUCCUCCCGAGCUAAAGCUGGAAGAAGCUUCUGUGUCUAUGAGUGAAAUUGGAAGAUCAACAGCAGUUAAGGAUGCUACAGAUGUACUGGUUGACUUUACCCUAACACCACCCCAACGUCCUACAGCAACACCGAUAAUGAGCCCGUCAUUUGAGGAUCUCAGAGGCCUAGAAUUUCGACAGGAUUUUGACGAGGCACGCACUCGACAGCCAUCACCUGAGGUUUUGCUGCCCUAUAAAAUGAGGCGUGAGUCUAGUGCGUCUUUGAAAACAAAUACCACUAGCACUGUUGAACAUGGUUCGGUGCCCAGUGUCCAGUCUGAUUUGCCAAAGUCUCCGAGUGUAGAAAGCGUGAAGCGCGAAUUGGACAUGGUGUGCCAGUUAAUCGAAUCAUUCUCUCUGUCGGAAGAUCGGCGUGAAGUUUUAAGAUCAUGUAAGAUCGAGCUUGAAGAGAAGCUUCGAAAGAUCAAGAAGCUCACGGCGGAAACUCAAGGGAAAUGGGAAAGCCAGACCCAAGUAGUACGCACUCAAAGUGAAGAAGGCUCCAAGGCUGUUCUACAGGAUACCCCCAAGCAGAAGGCGGAUACGUAUAUCACCCAGGCUAUCGAGGGCCCAGGCUCACAAAGUCGACUUAACGUUGAAGCGCCACCUUUUUUUCCACAGACGCAUAGAUCACCAGCCGAGAGCAUUUCAAGCGACUCGACACCUAUGCAGACGCCUUCUCGUCGGCCCAGUCAGUCGUGUUUGCCUGAUCCCCAGGAAAAGCAUAUCUUCGGCGAUCAUUUGCUUCCAGGCCGGCCAUCUAACCCGCCUGAGAGACAUAUCUUUGGUGAUCAUUUACUGCCAGGUCGACGCAAGGAUAUCGCAGAACCCGGAACUGGCGUCCCCGAGACAAAGCAGCCGCCUCCAAAAGAGCCUAGUGAAACCCAUGUUAAGUUCUCUAUGCCACGAAAUUCCUCUGUCGUUGUAACGAAAGCUGUCUGCAAAGAAUUUGGAGAGAGUGAUACGGCAGAAAUGGAAGCAAAUCCCGUGGCGGCCGAGAAUCGACGAACGGCUUCAAUGCCAGCUCCACCAAGUGUGCUGCAGCAGUCGAUCCAUGCGCCAAAGCCCAGAGUGAGCCAGCCGAGCUCGGGCAAGCCCUCGGGGAGCUUGGGGGGUUUGGAGAGCUCGAGAUAUGCGACACCAUCCAGCGGCAAGCCACUUCGUUAA